AUGUCUGGCUUCGAAGUUCUUGGGUUGGCCCAUUCCAUAUUUCAGACCAUCAGCUUCGCUCAUGAGACUCUCAACAUUUGUAUUGCUCUAUAUGAUAAGCAGAAGACGCCUGAUGCCGAGGUUGAGGAAAUCGCCAGUUCAAUGGUCGUGGCCGCCGAAAAAGUGACAGCUAUAUGUGACAAGAACAAGAAAGCAUUAACCAAGGAAAUUGCCCAAAUUGCCUCAGGCUGCAAGAAUGACUCUUUGGGUGAAGAAAUAGCGCAGAUCGCCAAGGAAUGCACCAAAAUCACGUCUCAGCUCAAGUCAGAAGUUGAAAAGAUCACAAGGCUUGAUACGAGCGGCAACUUUUUGAUUACAAUCAAAGCAGCAUCCAUGUAUUUAUGGAACAAGGCGAAGCUUAAAAAACUCAACGAAACUUUAUGUUAUUACAGAGAGCAACUGAAGGCAUUGCUCAUCACUCAAAUUUGGUGA